AUGGCCCCACCAUCGCCACCUCGGCCCGCGGCUGCGUCUCAAAGGAAGAGAACAGUGCGCGCGGCCCAGGUUUGGCACGGUGCAGCCAGACGUCGCACGGAUGCCGCGGCCGCAAUGUUGCAGCGGAUUGGAGGACAGUUGACCCACGUGUCUGGGUCCCGAUCCGAUGUGCAGACACCACCAUCGCCGUCACCACGUCCCACCACACCGGCUGGGACAGGAGACGCCUUCUUUGACAGCCCGGAGUUGGCCGCCUCACCGGCAAUCUCUCCGCCCCGUGAUCCCCGGAGACGACCAGCAUCGCCCAAGGAGCAGAGGCAGCGCCAGGACACGCGCCUCAAUCAAGCCACCUGGGCUCCGGCUAAAGGUAGGCCCGCCCCGCGCCUAGCGGCGCCGCCCCCCUACCCCGCUGAACGAUUUAUAUCGCCCCCCAAGCCGCCCCCCCCCUCGCCCGCCGGCCUUUACGUCUCCAUGCAAGAUUUCGCCAUGCAUAGAGAUGGAGGUCUCAUACGCAGUCAUGGCUGCGUCACCGCCUACGAGACCUAA